AUGGGAUACGCCCCAAAGUUCCGCCGUAUCAAGGCGGAACUGGACGGGGCCUUUCCGAGGGAGCUGGACAUCACUGGUGAGGGAACCGCCAGCGUCACUGGCUACUUCGAGGUCCAGAUCGUCGGCGGAAAACUUCUGCAUUCCAAAAAGAACGGCAAUGGCUACGUGGACACCCCAGAGAAGAUGAACCGCAUUGUGCAGGGGAUCAAGGACGCGCUGGCAGCUGCCUGCUGAGUGCUGAUCAUUCCCCGAAGCUGAUGUGAAACGGUGUGUCACGGUGAACAGUGACGUCACAGCCACAAUGACGUCAGCCGCAGAAAGCCCGGCUGGCGGCGGACCGAUGACGGGCUGAGGCGGCACUGGCUACCGGGGAAGCGCCGCUGCUUCAGCGAUUUUCAGACGAUUUUCUGUCCGAUCAUCCGUGUUUCUAAAGAUGUAACCGCAGACCUCAACAAGAUUCAAUGAUUUCAGAGUAAUUUGGUCCGUCUUUCACAACGUGAUUAGCCGUAAAUCAGUUUCCAAUUUAUUUGCAAUCGAGACAUUCAUGUGCCUGUGUUCUUCAUGAUAGCAAGUCUAUCCGCAUUUACGUAGUGAUUGCUUUACACAUCGAUUAGUUUCCGCAAUAAAUCGAAAGUUUGAUGUCA